CGCCUUUUAUUGUGCCACAUACCCAUAUUCAGAUUCGGCCCCUCGAGGGCAUGAGUGAUUGAUGGCCUUGGAUGAAGAGGCAAAGGGCGAGGCAGAGGGCGAGCAGAGUCCGCAGGAUGGGCAGCUGCAGGCCUUCCUGCGGCAGAUCAGUCAGAGGCCGCUGGGCUCCAAGCGCAACUUCUCCAUGCUCUGCGCGCAGCCCGCCACCUUGGAGUGGGACUUCAGUGUCAUGGCCAACCAGAAGCACAUCCUCAGCCGCAUGUCGGGCCGCGCCCGUCCGGGCGAGGUGUGCUGCAUCCUGGGUGGCUCGGGAGCAGGCAAGAGCACGCUGCUCAACGUCUUGGCAGGAAGGCAGCUCACCAGCCGGGUCUUCCGCAUUGAGGGGGAGCUCCGGGUGAACGGCCGGGCAGUGGAGCCCUGGCGCCUGCGCCCACGAGUGGCCUACGUUAUGCAGAAAGACGAGUUCUUCGCCACGGAAACGCCUCGGGAGGCAAUCCUGUUUUCUGCGCGCCUGCGGCUGCCUGCAUCGCACCUCUCGAUGCUCGAGGAGAAGGGUAUCGACAGCUACAUCACUCAGCUCUUGGACUCACUGGGCCUCUCUGGUUGCUGCGACAGGCGGAUUGGAGGCGCCAGCCUGAACGGCAUCAGCAACGGCGAAAGGAAGCGUGUCAGCAUCGGAGUCGAGCUGAUCACUAGGCCCUCCAUUGUCUUCUUGGACGAACCGACCACUGGGUUGGAUUCCUUCAGCGCGUGGCAGGUCAUGCGAAUUGUCAAGGACCUGGCGGAUAGUGGAUGCACGGUGGUUUGCACCAUCCAUCAGCCCUCCUCGGAGAUAUUCGCGCUGCUGGACCGGGUGAUUUGCUUGUGCCACCAGCGGGCCAUCUACCACGGCCCUGCCACCGAGCUCUCUCGCUGGCUGGAGAGGUCAGGGCGGCACGUACCCAGGGACUACAAUCCCGCCGACUACGUGAUGUUUCUCAUGGAGACCCUGCCCAAAAGCGAGCUGGAGCUCUUGUGCGGCACAAGCCGCGUCAGCCGCGACAGCAGCUUCCGGCCCAGUGCCGAUGGGGGCUCGGCUCCGCACAGGUUGGAGCCCGCGAAGAUGCGUAAAUCCUUCGCCCUGCAGGUCUGGUGCCUCACGCAGAGGGAGUGGCGCAACCUGAGGCGUGACAGCGCAUCGCUGAAGCUCCGCUUCGUGCUCACCGGCUUUCUGACCAUUCUUUUUUCCCUGGUCUUUUGCAACGUCGGGGAGCACCCGGUGCUCGCACAGCUGCGCAGGGGAGGCCCCUGGCAAGCCCUGCUGUCACACCCGCGGCUGCGGCGUUUGCAGCGGCUGGUGAACACGCAGCAAGUUCCACUGCUGCAGCAGCUGCAGCAGGAGAUAGAAUACCACUACAAGGCUGUGGUGCAGGUGGGCUUCACUGCGAUGUUUAGCGCCUCGCAGCCCACGAUUCUGAGCUUCCCCCUCGAGCGCCCCGUCUUUCUGCGCGAGUAUUCCUCCAACAUGUAUGGGACGCUAGCGUACUUUCUGUCCAAGAUGCUUGUGGAGGCGCCGCUGGGGGCCCUGCAGGCGUUGCUGGCCCUGAGCAUCUCGCACCACUACAUGAGGUUCCAAGGGGAGUUCCUGGAAAUGUGGGCCACUGUGUGCCUCUUGAAUGCCUGUGCCGUGUCAUUCUCGCUCCUCAUUGGUUGCCUGGUGCGGUACCCCCGUGAGAGCGGCGCCAUCGGUCCCUUGGUCUUCGUGCCGCAGCUGCUGAUGUCAGGUACGUUUAUCCCAGUCCAGGCGAUCCCCCACUUCCUGCGCUGGAUGCAGUACGUGAGCUUUCUUCAGUACGCCGUGAAGCUGUUGGCCAUUGUGGAAUUCCGGAGGACGGACCCGCUGCUGCAGCGCCUCAUCUUCCGCACCAUGGAGGUGGACCCGGACCUGGCCAAAGUCUAUGUGGCCACUCUGUUGCUCAUGUGCGUGGGCUUCGCCCUUGUGGCCAUCAAGCUGCUGAGCGGCAAGGCCCACAGCGUCUACUGACGCGCGGCGGAUCUCGAGGAAA